AUGCACAUCCUACCACAACAAUCCAAAAAUAGAUCACCAAAUCUCGGAACAACCAAAACCAGCAAAAAUCGUGAAAAUAUUGAGAGCUGCAGCAAGGAGAAAAAACGCGGCUCUGGCCUACUUAUUUGCAAUACCUAUCGCCUCAAUCUUAUCGCCGAAAACACUACGCGUCGUUCAAAGCUUGCUUAUACCAUAUUCUCAGCGAAAUAUACACUUAAAGUCUCACUUCUACAAGGAAACUGGCCGUAUCGUGAACUUAUUUUCCGGAGGCCGAGUUCUAGGAAAAUGCAGCUUAAUCGUUGGAGUGAUAUUUGUUGGUUUGUGGCGAGUCGUUGUUAUUCGCUCGAAGAUCGUUGAAUUGGCACUUUUUUUAAGACUAGAAAAUAUUUUCAGAAAAUGGUUAGUGAAAAAGGAACGAAUAACUAUGAAAUUGUUGAGGAAAGCGCUUUAAUUCAAAAUCAGUUUGGUUUACCGUUAGAAAAUGUUUAUCAGCUUGCAGCGAAAUACUAUCGAGAAAAGGAAAAGCUUGGCGAACUUCUAUUGUCAUAUGAAACACGUCUUCAAUUUAUGGCAUUAUCGAAACAGAUUCGUUUAGGUCCAUAUAAUGAAGAAGCUGAUGAUUCCGGUUGGUUCGAUCUUGUUGGAAAUGAUCGAGCGUUAGUUUUUAUUCCAGUUUUUUCAUCUGUUUGA